AUGUCUCUGCAACUUGGAGGACUUCUUUGCCGAGUUUGCCUGGAACAGGAAGAAUCCUGGAAGGUGGACCUCAAAGAUGGACAUUCAAAGUAUUUGGGCCAGGAGUGCACCAACGAACUGCUCAUCGCCGCCAAGUUUCGCAAAAAGUGCGCGGAGGCGAAGAAAAGGUUAAAGGAUAAGGCUUCCAGAGAACAUUUGGACAUGGAGGAACCCCUGCAUGCGGAUGAAAUCAUUUCUCUGGAUCCCAGCGACUUCAUUGAGAUGCUGCAAUCGGCUACAGAGGAUUGCAAGGCAAAACGUACAGAAGUGACCAACAACAACUGCCAGAUUUGUGGGGCCGUUUUCCAGCAAUCCGCGGCACUAUGUUUCCACAUGCUAAAAGUUCAUGCCUCCAUUUCCACGUAUGAAUGCGAGCUGCGGUUUUUUACGGAUCUCAGUGGCCUCAAAAGCCACAUGCGCUGCAGGCCGGGUGCGGGAGCUCAGGUGAAGAGAUACAGGUGCCCAAAAAGCGGCAAGUGGCUACAAUCCUUCUCCAGCCUGGCUGCCAACAUGCGCCAGCACAGCGAAGAAAGACCCUUCGCCUGCGAUCUCUGCCCCAAGACCUUCAAAACCAACGGAUCACUGAUGGUCCACUGGGGGCUGCAUCGCUGCAAAGUGUGCGACAAGACCUUCAGUCGGGCGGGGCAGCUCUGCAAGCACGAGAUGCGUCAAGGGGCGUCACAGUGA